CGGUGGCUCGUGCAUGUAUGGAAUACAGUCGCAGAUUCGUUUUUACAUGUAUUACAGACGGAUAUGUUUUACUCGUUACAAAGGACAGUGCAGCUCUAAAGAUAUUAUCUGGUUACACAGAACUACACAUCCUGCUUGUGAAACCUGUCGAGAAGGACACGAAACACCAACUGGAGAAACCUGCUAGCUUGAAGGUGAAUCAGGAUGGCCCAGGGCGAUACCAGAGACGAUAAUGAUGAAUACUACACUGUUAGAAGACUUGGCUGAUGUGGCAAAAGAUUCAGCACUGCUGCAGGGUGUCCUCAUGAGGAUCCAAGAGACCCCCAACUCAUCAGAGUUGGUGACGUAUGCUCCGUUCACACUCUUCCCCACACCUGUGCCUAAGACUGUGUUCAGCCAGGCUCUGGCAGUGCAGACUCACUACAACACACUGGUGGACAAGAUCAGCCAGGACCCAGACUUUCUGCACGAGGCUCUAGCGAGCACCAUUGCAGUGGAUGAUUUCACUGCGAGGUUGUUCAGGAUCCACCAACAAAUCCUAAAAGAAGGAAGGUCUCAGUCUAUUGUGUUGGGUCUCAAUCGGUCCGACUACAUGCUGGACCAGGGAGAGGACGGGUCGUCGUCUCUGAAGCAGAUAGAAAUCAACACCGUGGCUGCCAGUUUCGGAGGUCUCUCAUCUCGCACGCCAGAUGUACACCGACACAUCCUUAAGGUGGCCGGGCGGCCGGAGGAGAGCCAGCGGAUUCUCGACAACAAUCCUGCAGCUGGUCUGGCCAGGGCUGUUUCCAAAGCCUGGGAGCUGUAUGGAUCAGAGAGAGCAGUCGUCAUGUUCUUGGUGGAAGAGAGUCAAAGGAACGUCUUCGAUCAACGGUACAUUGAGAACGAGCUGUGGAAGAGAAACAUUCCUACAAUGAGAAGGCGGUUCGACGAUGUUAGUAAAACAGGCUCUCUAGAUCAGGACAAAAGGCUAUUUGUUGACGGACGAGAGGUUGCCGUGGUGUACUUCAGGAAUGGCUACAUGCCUCAGAACUACACUUCUGAACAGACUUGGGAUGCUCGUCUCCUGAUGGAGCGCUCUCUGGCUGUGAAAUGUCCAGACAUCAGCACUCACCUGGCUGGAACCAAGAAGGUUCAGCAGGUGCUCGCCACACCUGGAGUCCUGGAGAAGUUCUUCCCCGACCAGCCCCGGGUGGUGGAGCAGAUCCGAGCGACGUUCGCUGGCCUCUACACUCUAGACAUGGGACCAGAGGGUGACAAAACGGUAGCAAUGGCUUUGGCAGCACCCGACCGCUUUGUCCUGAAGCCUCAGCGGGAGGGAGGAGGUAACAACAUCUACGGAUCACAGAUCUGCCAGGUCCUGCAGGGAGUGAAGGCGAGCACAGAGAGGACGGCCUAUAUUCUGAUGGAUAAAAUCCAUCCCACCCCCGUACGGAACUACCUGCUGAGACGAGACGCUCCUCUCCAGAUCAGUAACUGUCUCAGUGAACUGGGAGUGUUUGGAACAUACGUCAGGCACGGUAAAGACAUGGUGAUGAACGAGUGCGUGGGUCAUCUGCUGAGGACCAAGAGUUCAGAACACUCAGACGGAGGUGUAGCAGCCGGAGUGGCUGUGCUGGACAAUCCUCUCCUUGUCUGAGUAUUUACACUCCUCGGCUUCAACCAAACCAAAAUGCACAAACGGACACCGAUGAGAUCAAGGUUGCACGUUUGAGUCGCACUUACUUUGGGCUCCUGAUGCUGAGCAAAUGUGUGUCCCAUAUGUAACCUACUCGAGACAGGCUGCAGAAGUCCUCAGUGGAGCCUCUGGAUGGAGUCAUCCUGCUGUCAGAGGGGGUGCAGUACGAAUGCCUCUGGGUGUUCUCUGGGGAAGUUGGGUGUAAUUUGUAUGUAUUUGUGCUUCCAAAUGGGUUUAAGAAGACCAUGUUUCUUAUCAGGUUUUGAUAUCAUGAUGAUUCUGCUCCAGUGGAGGGCUGCUAAAGGCUUAAUCAAGUGUAACCCUUGUGCCUCACCUCUCAAAAGUUUGCUCAUUUCCACUUUCAACUAGUUCAACUAGUACAAAUAUCUUGUAUUUGCCCAAUAGGGGCAAACAUGAGAAAAUGGCGGAAAACAUUCAAAACUAUUAUUUUGAAGCCAGGGCUCUGGAUAUAAUAGAUAUAAUAGAAUCCACGCACAAAGAAUGAUGAGUCUGUUCGGCUCAUACGUGAGCAAACAUUUUCUGUUAACAAAAGCAGAUUGAGAACCAAAAUGAGCGACAGCAUCUCUGUGA